AUGGGAUCUUGUUGUUCAAAAGGAGAACAAGGCAAUAAAAAUGAAAUACUCGGUAAAACUGUCGAGGCAAACUCCAAUGACCCCAGCAUAACACCGAAAGGUGCAAGUAAAAAGCCAGAUAUAAAACCCAAAGGAUCUAGUUAUGCUGAAAAUAACCCAGAAAAUGACUCAAACAAAAACUCAAAAGAUAAGGAAAUACAAAAACCUGUAAAAGAGAAUAAACGUUCAGACAAGAGUCCAAAUUCCGAAAAUAAGCAUUCCAGUAGAUAUAAUCCACCCAUGAAAACAAAGGAAAAACAGUUUGAUUUGAAUGCAAGUGUAAGGUCAGAAUACGAUUCCUUUGAAUGGAAGGUAAAAGAAGAAAGAAGACUCGAAAAGGAAAAGAGAAAGGAGAAAUUAAUAAGGGGUAAAUCAAAUGAGAAGAUGCCAAAGGCCACACCCACUUUUGUGAAUGAAGAUGAUCGACCAAUUUCUCAGGCCAAAGGUGUUAACACCAGAGGGUGGUGGGAAGUUGAUGAACCUCAAGAUACUACAGAACAGGUUGGUACAGGAGAUGUUUCAAAGACUCAUGAGAAUUCAGACGGAGACAAAGAUGUGAAUGUACAAAUUCAGAACCUAUCAAUUACUCUUAAAGAUUCAUUUUCUAUAGAUUUAGAAGACGACGUCUCAGCUUCCAGAUCCAUUGAAAUUGAUGAUUCUAUGGAGAUUCCUGCUCCAAGGACUGUAAGACCGAUUGUAAAUCAAAUACCAAACAAGAAAGUGGACAUUGAGGAUUCUACUGACAGAGACAAAAUUAUCAGCACACCUACUAGUGUACCUAUCAGGACAACGGAUGAUACGCUCCAGGAAAAUACUACCCAGGCAACAACUGCAAAAUCAGUUACUCCAAAGUUCAAAAGACCCCUUCCACUGAAGAGGGGUGUACGACCUUUGGGUCCAAAGAGACCUGGACCAGCAAAGCCAACAAUUGCAACAGUGACAACCUUGCUUAAGAAAAUAAAAGAUCUCGGCGAAGAUAGGUUUAAUGAGCAGCUAAAGUCUCAAAGUGAAUUGAAUGGUAUGCUUCAAAAAUACCCAGAAGUGGUCAAGGAAUGUGACUCUUUGGUUUUAAUUGACGCUGCAAAAUCUAUAAUAGUACAUGCUUCUUCUGGGAGAAGUAACGUGUCAAAGAAUUCAAUCAUAUGUAUCGGGAAUCUAUUCAGUGUAGUUGGGAACGUUUUGGUUCCUGUGUUGGCAGAUAUAAUAACAGUGUGUAUAAAAAAGGGAAUUUCAGGGUCACCAGAAUUUCUAUCAUCCGCUGCAAAUUCUACCCUGAUAAAAGUAUGCAACACCGGAGCUGAAGGGCGUGUUUCUUCAGCUUUCCUCUCCAUGAUCCGACAGAACAAAUCGUAUCAGUUAAUAGUCUUAAAUUCCUUCGUCAUCCUCUUGAAUAGACUCGGAGAUUCAAUAAUAAAACUAAAAACACUUCCAGAUAUCAUUGACGCAGCUGCAUACGGUUUAAACGCCGGUAACCUCAGCAUAAGAAAAAGUUCCAAAAUUAUUUUUGGAAUUAUCAACAAACACUCUAAUCUCGAUGAAUUGCUAAACAGAUCAGGACUUUCCAUGAGCCUAAAGAUGACUGUCAAGCAGAGCAUAAAAAGAUACAACUCGGCAGAAAAGGAUGAAUUGAUACAAGAACUUUCCAAAGAUGUAGUAUAA